CGCCAUCUUUUUUUUCACCACAAACAUUUUUUCUCGUCCUGCUUUUGGGUGUGUUUGCUGCGCAAAAAAGCGAGAAUAACCGAUUAAAACCAGCAGGAAAACCCUGAAAAGAAGUGGAAAACCAACAGAGAAAGCCAUUGGGCAAGGAUUUACAUAUUAGAAGGAGCAUAUACACACACACACACACACACACAGCGAGCAUAAUGCCACGCUACCGGGAAUGGGAUUUGGCCUGCAAAGUGUACGUGGGCAACCUGGGCUCCUCGGCCUCCAAAUACGAGAUUGAGAACGCCUUCAGCAAAUACGGACCCUUGCGCAACGUCUGGGUGGCCCGCAAUCCGCCCGGCUUCGCCUUCGUCGAGUUCGAGGAUCGUCGCGAUGCUGAGGACGCAACCCGCGGCCUGGAUGGCACCCGCUGCUGUGGCACCCGCAUCCGCGUUGAGAUGUCCUCUGGUCGAUCGCGAGAAGGUCGCGGCGGUGGCGGCGGAGGCGGUACUCGGGCUGGCGAGGGGCGUGGCGGCGGCGGAGGCGGCUCUGGAGGCGGUACACGGGCUGGCGAUGGCGGCGGUCGCUAUAGGAUAAAGUCUUCUUCUUCUACUACAACAAGCACAACAAGAACUACUACAACAACAACAUCAAUAAAAAUAAUAAUAAUAAUUAAAAGAACAACAAAGAAAAGAACAGCAACAGCUACUACUACUAGAACUUCUACUACUCCUCUUCCUUCAACAAGAACAACAACAACAACAAUAAGAACAACAACAGCUACUACAAGAACAACAACAACUAGUACAACAGCAGCUCCUGCUCCUCCUAUUACACACAUUUCACCAACAACAACAGCCACCACCACAACCACACCACCAUGCAAUAAUUUGUUGUGCGGCCCUAGUCUGAAAUUCAACAAAUUCGAUAUAUUCCGCUGACCACAGAACCGAGAACCAGAAAAAAACCGAACGACUGCAACACUACACCCCCUCCACCACCACCUGUUCAGCUUCAGCUCGACCCAGGCCAAAAAAUAUAGAAAAUGCAUCAUCAGCAACGUCUCCGGCUGCGCAGCUAUAAGAAUAAUGCACCCAAGACCAGCCCAAGCACACCCACAGCCACCCAACUACAUCCCACUACAGGGCAAACGAUCAUUUCAUAUUGCAUUUAUUAAUAACUUAGUGACGAGGGAACUUUGAUGGUUUUUUUUUCGAAUGAAUAGAGUUCUUACAUUUGUUUUUGUAUAAUUAAAGUUUCAUUAAUAUGCUGAAAAGGAUUCAGAAUCAAAAGUUUAGUGCUGUUGUUGCAUAGAAAAUUAAUCGUUGAUUUUAAAUUUAAAUUAAAUUAGUUGAAAUGGUGUACUCUGUAGUCUAAAAUGUUAAAUUUUGUAAUUUUAUCAAACAUUUUUCAUGUAACUUAGACUACCAAUUUUUAAAAAGAGUCUUGGUUUGGUUAACAAACGUGAUCGUAUGCCCCACAGUGCAAACAGUUUCACAUCAUAUCUAGUCUGUUAGUUGACAGCCUCUUCUGACUACACCACAAACACAACACACUCUCUGCCAUUAACCACACUAAUCACCAAGAACCACAGCGAACCGGGCAGCAUCGGCGGCAACAGAGCAACUCCAUCAAGAAUCUAACU